AUGAACGCCGGCGGUGGUGGUUUUGGUGGUGCGAGUGUCGUCCAACAUGAACAACACGAACACCAGUACGACAACGCCAACCCGUUUUCGCUCGUGAAUAACACGAAUAAUAAGAAUAACAACACCAAGAGCAGCGUCAGCGUCUCCCGAUCCCUGAGAGAAUGGAAACGAGAGAAGGAAAGAGAUGUCAUGAAAAGCAACGAGAUACUGAGAGAUCCAAUCGAUGCCCGGGAGAUUUUCUCGCACAUAAAAGACAUCAACGACCCGGAACACCCGUACUCGUUGGAACAACUCGCGGUCGUCUCGGAAGAGAACGUCAAAGUGGAGGACGAGUUAUCGCGAGUGACGGUGUUUUUCACCCCAACGGUGGAACACUGCUCCAUGGCGACCUUGAUCGGAUUGAGCAUUCGCGUGAAACUGAUGAGAGUGUUACCAAAAAGGUUUAAAGUCGAUGUGAAAGUCUCCAAAGGCUCGCACGCAUCCGAGGCGCAAGUGAACAAACAGCUCCAGGAUAAAGAGCGAGUCGCGGCGGCGUUGGAAAACGGGAACUUAUUGGAGAAGGUCGAGUUGACGUUGAGCGGGAAAACCGCGAUGUAA